AUGGAAGAAACACUGUCUAUAUUAGCUCUAAAGGAGGUGCUGCACCAGCCAGAGUUUGCUCAAUCUCGAGAUUCAAGAAAACCCCCUCUCCACCAUUGCAAGAAGAGCGAUUCCUGCUCGAGCGAGGCAUCGAUGCAUUAUAAUCCCGAGUGCGUCUGCACCUGCGAAUUAGCAGGAGAUAGUAUGCCUCUAAGUAAACCAGGACAAAUCACCAUCGAAAAGACACCAGGCUACUACAUAACAGAAGAAGCACCUGAACGGAUACACAAGCUAGACAAAAACAUGAAACUCAUCGUCGUCGUACGCGACCCAGUCGUCCGUGCAAUAUCCGACUACGUUCAAUCAGUCGCCACAGGUCGACGAAAAGAGAACGAAUUUGAGAGACUGGCCGUCCCCGAUCCGAAGACGGGGGUCGUCGAUGACAGUUAUUACGCUCUGAUGGUCGGAAGGUACGCGGAUCACUUAGAACGUUGGUUAAAAUUCUUCCCGCUUUCGCAGUUCCUGUUUAUCAGCGGCGACGAGAUGAUCAAGAACCCGGUCCCGCAGCUGAUGAAGCUUCAAAGGUUCCUCAAGAUCGAUACCAUCAUCGAUGAGAGAUACUUUGUGUAUAAUUCCACCAAGGGGUUCUACUGCAUGAAGAAGUCCGUUGAGGACACCACGGCGGACUGUCUCGGGGAAACCAAGGGCCGCGAGCACCCUCACAUAUCACCGUCCGUCAUUCAUAAAGUCUAUAGAUAUUUCAAACCCCACAAUGAGAGGUUCUACUCCAUGAUCGGGCAAAAUUUUCACUGGGGCGAGGAGAAGAGGAGAUAGUACAGGCUGAAUGAAUUGCAUAGAUUAUGAUUAUAGUAUAUAAAUGGUAUGUUGUUUUGUUCAUGUGGCAAUCUGCAAUGUAUCCGUAGUAUAGUUUCCAUUGUAUGUGAGAUAGUAUAUGGCAUAGUGAUAUAACAUGUCCAUUUAUAUGUAUGUAUAGUGCAGCUGUACAUGCAUAAUACUCUACUGAGUUCGAUACUUGGUAUCACUUUAGUACCCCUGCUGUAGCUGAGCUACUGUAAGGGUGGAAAAGCAUUCAAUGUAUAAAUGCUACCUGGUACCCAUUCAGCUCACCUGGAUCGAGUGCAGCCAGUGCGGAUGAAUUUUUGCCGAGGGAAAUUAACCCCUACGGACUACAGUAGAAUUGAACCCAUGAACGUCUUUCAAUCAGAGGGACGUGGGUUCGAAUCCAAGCCACAUUGUGCUGCACUUGACCCAGGGUACCUGGUAGGGAGAAAUUCCUCGGAUGCUCGAGCGCCCAAUCAAGGUAACUGUGCUAAAGCCGAGGUAAUAAAAACAGUAUUAUGUUAAACAGGGCCCGCUGGGAGAACAGUUUUCAGAAGUGAAGUGGCUACCCUUGGUAAGAUUAUUAUUACUAUGCUUCCUAUCAUUGAAUAAUAAUGAUAUCUCUGAGCUUUUAUUUAUUGAGGGUAGCCAUUUCUGUUAUUAGCUAGUCCCCGAGGGGGCUCUGCAUAACCUUGGUCCUGUAAUACAAAGGUUAAUUAAUCGUAAGCUUGAUUUUCACGAUUGAUUGCAUAUUGUAGUCAAUGGAAUCAAUUGUAGAAAAACGUUCUACGAUCAUUGCUAAGCUUUGUGUCAUGGGUCCCUGACGUGUUGUUAUUACCCCUUCUUCUCUCUGGACUUUCUAAUAAACCAUUAGACUUCAAGAAGACAAGAAUGCCCCAUUUAAAAGUCUGUGGUACAACUCAGCUGGGAUUGAUCCCGUGACCUCCUAUUCACUAGACGUUCAUUCUACCACUAAGCCACCACGCCUGGUAGGUAUGCAUGUUACGGGUUCAAAUCCCUGUGUAACCCGGCCUUUGCAGUAUAAGAUUAUAAAGAGCCAAACAUAAACAGGGUGGAUUCGCAACUUAAACAGCACCCCCACGUGACAAGUCCUGACAGGCUUGACUUUAUGCCUGUCCAUUGACAUCUCCACCUUUUCCAGGGCGAUUUAGAUAUUACAACCUAGCCCAUAACACUGACCCCGCUCACAUUACACUCCUAGAACUAGUUUACAGGAAACUAGUUAAAUGUGUAAUGCGAACGCUCAAAGUGGUCAUGGAAGCGAUCUUCCAAACUGAUUCGGAAAACCAGCUCGCGAUGUAGUUUUCAAGAUCGCUUUGCCCUGGUUUAAGCGUAGAGGACACAGCCAUUCUUCAGGAAGCGAUCUUCGCCGACGUGCUAUACUCCACGCACAUGGGAAGAAUAACUACAUGUACACUGCGCUUUCAAAUUUCGCACAAAACUUUUGAUCCCACUGAGGAUGUCGGCAUGGCAACAUGACCGCUUUGCGUGAAGGGGUUCUGAAAACCAGUUCAGGAGAUGUUGAUGAGAACGUUGGCAAAGCGAUCUUAUCUAGUUUCCUAAACUGGUUUAAGGGAAACCAGUUUAGGAAAGUAUUCUGAGAACGGGUCUUAGAUUUCACAUUCUAGCCCUUAACACUGGCUCUUCCUUCUCUCAAUGCUGAACUCUUCUCAUAAUUCAUGAGUAGUAUAACGCUGAUUUCCCAUAUUUUGAAUAUUCCACAUCACAGAUAAAAGCUCCUUAUUCAUGCAGUAAAGACUAACCAAUCAAUGACCACAGAAAUUUCAUGUUCACACUCUGUUAAUAGUCAAGAAUUUUGAAUUUUAGAAUAAGAAGUGUAACAUAUUUUUACCAUCAAUUUAUACUGUUUUCUUUAUUCCAACUCAUCUAAUGCCAAUUCGUUCAAUUGCCAACUCGUCUACUAUCAUUUGGUCUACCAUCAGUCCGUCCACUCACCACAUGGUCUUUUUUCAUUUAGUCUAAUGUCAUUCCGUCUAAUAACCAGUUGGUCCAAUAGCCAUUCAGUCCAUGUACCAUGUGGUCUAAUCAAACUAAAGUGUUAAUUGUGCAAAAUCAAUAAAAAGAAAAUGGGUAUUAGACCAACUGGUUAUUAGACGAAAUGGUAAUAGACGAACUGGUGAUUAGACGAAGUGAUGAUUGGACCGAAUGGUUGUUAGACGAAAUGUUGAUGGACGGAAUGGCAUUAGACUAAAUGAAGCUAGACCAUGUGGUGAGUGGACGAAUUGUCAAUUUACCGUAAUACCAUGGCUGACUAUUUCUUGACUCUAUCUUUCCCGUGAUGCACCACACAGAAUUGUUUGACAAGUGGACCAUUAGAUGAUGUUAUGCAUUAUGAAUCUACCGCGGUGUUAAUGAUAUAUUGCUGAAACCUUGCAUUUUGCUUAAGGAUCAAUAUUCUUAUGAUUAUUUUUUUUAUAUUAUACUGUUUGCAUGAAAAUUUCACUGCACAUUCCAAUUGUAUAUUUUUUGUAUGUUCUUAACAUGUUUUUCUUAUCAUUUAAAUAAAUGGUUUGCAGUCGGAGAGAAUGAUGAUUUCAUACUAUUAUCAAUUAUAAAUGAAACACAUAGCAGGGGCCAGGGAACGGUUUUCAAAGUGGGGGGGGGGGGGCUGAAGCCCCCCCCCCCCCCCAUUUCCGAGGCCCCUGCAAAGGGUAUCCUUACUCUUGUUUUCACUGAUCAGCUUUGAAUGGUAACACAUUGGAUUUUGUUGAUUAUAUAGCUAAUGGAUCAGCUGUGCAGUUUUCAUGAUGUAUGUAAGAUAUAAGUAGAUCAGGAUGCUGCACGACUAUAUAACUGUAGAAUAAUAUUUUUUUUAUAUGCCUGUUUUCAGAAAUGGGUCACCGUUGGCUCCAAUUUACAAACUGCCAAAUUCUUAUGCCAAACUGCGUCUGGAUUUCAGGUAUUCAUGUAACUUUGUUCGGACUUCUGAACAACCUAAACUACACAGUAUCACUGCAAACAAUCUAGAUCUCCAUCCCAUCUCUAACCCCACCCCCUUUAUCUUCCGCUCCCCCUCUUUCUUCCCCCUCUCUCUCUCUUUCUUUCCCCCUCUCUCCCUGUCACCUUUUAUUUUCCUUUGUCUCUCCCACUACCCCCCCUCGCAUGCAUUUUCCCCCUUUUUUUAUUUGUUCCAUAACAUCAUAGUUAGGAUAAAUUCUAUUGUGUGUAAAAUGUGAAUUAAUGUUUUCUAUAUUGCAUUGGUAGGGUUGCCAAAUUGUGUAAUAUUUCAUCUCAAAUGGUACCAAAGAUUUUUUUAAUUGAUUGCUUAUCUAUCUGUAAUAUCUGUGUUAUUUUUCAUAUUUUAUUAAUAAUUUUUUUUUUAAAUAGUCACGUGAAUCGUGUUUGUCUACAUCUCAAUUCCUGUGAAGUAUGAAAUAAGUAAUGAUCAAUUGUGUGUAUUUUUAAUCUUAUAAUUGAAAUUCUUAAAUCAUGUAUUCAAUUUUAGUAACUACAUGUAUAAUAUCAAAGCUAAAUUACAAGUCAUAAUUCAUACGCAAGACUCCAAUAUUCAUUGGUCAGAUACUGUAUGCAUUAAUUUAGUUUUCAGAAGUAAUUGCACAGUCGAGCAACUUGAUAUCAAUGAAUAUGUACUGAAAUGAAUGACAUUUUUAGGGGUAUUUAUAGUCAAAUAUUCCCACCGAUAUACAUUCGUAUAUAUGUUAACAGUGAGCUUUGCAUUGAACUUUCCACCGUUCUUAUAUUGUGCCUAAAAUUUUAAUUCUGUAGCUAUGUCUUUAAAAUGAUGUUUUUUUGUAAGGCAAUAAAUGUAUUCUCGUAUCAUUAAUAGUGGAGGAAUAGUAUGAUUUUAUAUUUUUUAUAUAAUGAUAAAAAAUCUAUUCAAACUGUAUUCACUAAACUGUAUUCACUGUUUGGUGAAUAGUGGGAUGGAACUCAUCUGACUGACUGGCAUCAAACUAUAGAGGGGGCUAGUAGUUUUUACAUCUUCAGAUGAGCUUGAAUUGAUGGCAUUUUUUUUCUUUCAUAUUUCAGUAUUCAUCUACAGGGUGUAUUCAUAUUAAAAAUUCUUCUCCUGAAAUAUUAGGAUUUAAGAUUAAAGCUCAUUGUUUAAAGAUAAAUGAUAGUAGUUGCAGUAAACACUGAUUUCAUGGGAAAGUCUGUAAAACCAGGCUUAAUUGUCACUAAAUAAUCAUGGAUCUAGAUCUGGUCAGUACAGUUACAUAAACUGAACCUUGUGAAAUCCUCAAAUCUAAGCUGGAAAAUGUUCACACUGAAGAUUACCAACCCAGAUAAGCGCAUGUGGGACAGUGUAUUGUUAUUGCUUUGAAUGUCGGGCCGACAUUUGACUCGAAUCCUGUGCUUAUUUGCUAAUUGCUCAGCAAUUACACGAUUACUUCCAGAAUCCUCUGGCACAUAUUUUUUAUUUAUACAAACAGACACUUUGGUGGUCAUUUCAUUGGAUUCUGUACGAACUCAUUUUGAAAUCGUUACCACAACUGGCAUUUAUCUUUAAAGAUGACAUAAGGCCUAGUUAAGUGUUGAAUCAUGACAUACUGAUAGUGAAUAUGAUACCUUCCAUCACAAAACACUUGAUCAGUCGCAAACAGAAUAUUUUCUAUGUCGGAAAGCGCAGAUUCUUAUCUUUAAGAUGAUAAUGGAUGCGACUUAUUGUUUGUUUUUUUUGGUGACAGAGCCUUGCAAAGAAUAUGAAUAUAGAAAUGUAGUUUUGGAGUUAUGGAAAGAUGCAUAAAUGCGCUGUAUGAUAAUGAGAGGUUCAGAUAUAGAGUGAACUCUCAAAAGAUUAUGCAGUCAAUUUUCUGCUGACUGCCAUUUUUUUUUCUCUUUUUUUUCAUUUCAAGGCUCAAUGAUUUGCUCACCAAUUAAAUUUAGGCAUGGUCAUAGAUUAUGAAUGUAGAAAUUGAAUAUAUAUUAUUUUCACAAUGAUUUUGUGUAUUAUUGCAUGAUUAUGAUAGAGAGAUACGAUAUUUGUGAUUUGAUGUUAUAAUUGCAUUGAUAAAUGUGAUUGGGACUGUCUGUGGCAAUCUAAUUGUAGCGUAUGAUAUUAGUUAACAUCACGGGAUUGGAAGAUAUCCUACCAAAAGAAAUCUGUGCACAAUCUUACUAUACAGACAAUAGGCAGAUUUAGCUCUGCGAUGCAUGACAGAUGUAAAGAACACGGUAAAUAUGUUGAAAAUGCCCGUCAAAUCGUCAGUGAUUUUACGAACCGGCUCAAACCUCAUUUUUGGUCAAAUUUUCGAGAUUGAUUUUUGUUGUUGCAUAUUCUGAAAGCCUGUGAUUCACUCUAUUGAUUUGCCAAAUUUCAGAUUAUUGUACAAAUAGCAGAAAAAAUAUGAAAAAUGUUACCGAAGGUUUGAGAAAAAUCCAUCAAAGAAUAAAAAAGUUCUUAGAAUUUUAAAUUAUUUGAUUGGUGAGUUAUAUGCAAGCAGCUUUUCUACAUAUCGUAUGGUAAAAAAUCGAUGAAAUGUCAUUUUUUUCAGAAAAUUGAAAACGGUUUUUACGGUACUUUCAUUAUGUUAAUAGGCAAAUCAUUUCACACCCAUUUCUAAAAGAAAACAAAAUAAGUCAUGAACCUUCGAAAGAUUGAAAUAUAUACAUUUCAUAUUACAUGACAUAUGGGGCAGCUGCUCGUUUAUGACAUCACAAAUCCAAAGCUGAAAAUUUUAAUAACUUUCUUAAUCAUUGAUUGAUUUUCCUCAAUCCUUCACCAAUACUUUUGAUUAUUUUUUCUCCUAUUUUUACAACAAACAUUUCUUCAGGGUGAACUUCCCCUUUAAAUCAGUGAGAUGGCUGAAACAAGACUCGUUCAGUACACACUCUAAAUUUCAAGGAUUUAAAGUGUAUCAAGAUCGGUUGUGAAUGGUGACCAAUCGAAUAUUAGAUUUAGAUUAAACCUUGUGGAUUUAAAUAUAAAACUAAAAGAUUUGAAUUUCAAUCUUUUAAGAUUUCGAAGUUAAUCCUUGAGAUUGUAAAUAAAUCCAAUAUUCAGCUGGCCACUAUUCACACCUGGGUCCUGUAACAAAAAGGUUAGCGAUUAAUCGUGUGCUUGAUUUUCACGAGUGAUUGUACAUUGUAGUCAAUGCAAUCAAUCGCAGAAAACGGGCCCUGAUCUAGAUUUAUUUAAAACCCUUGAAAUUUAGAGUGUAUUUAGUACUUAUGAUUGUAAUGUAAAAUGAUACAUAUGUUUUAUUUUGUAUGAUGCAAUAUAACAUGUUUAGUAAAAUUGGACAGGAAAAUUAACUACAAAUUGAACUCAAUUGCCAAUAAUGUUUAAAAAAUCAUUUUCAACUUUAGGGGAAUAUCUAGUACAUUCUUAUGAUUAAUUUUUGUAUUAUAUUGUAUUUUCCUAUUAUCCUAUUUGUAAGAAACUUGUUCAGAUUAACAACUCCUAUUGAAUUUGUGUAUUUCAUUAAUCAAAUUGCACAACAUGAUACCUUUAAGAAAGUAUUGCUGUAAUUAGUUGUAAUUGGACUGCUAUUGUAGCAGAUGAUAGUCAGAUAUUUAUAGAUAUAAAUGUGCAAGCCCAUAAUUUUAUAAUAAGUUUCAUUAUCAGAUUGAUUUAGACACCCAUGAAGCACCCCAUACUGGCGCUUUUUCCAAAGCCAUGCAUAUCCAUACACUCUUGAAACGGAUUGGUUAAAACAACCAGUGAGUUGGUGAAUGGGUGUCUGGCGACCUUAUUCUUGGGAAGAAUCUACCCGAAUUCUGGCUGAUAUUGACCGCUUUGAUCGCUCGGACACGUAUUGACCAACAGAUUGGUUACUUUAAUUGACCAAUUCUUUCGGAGGGUUCCAUGACAUUUGCUCUGGCGGCAAUUGCUCCACUGCAAAUUCCACACCUUUAUUUGAUAUUGAUACAUUAAUCAAAUGACCAACUUCAACCCUGGAUUUAACCCUAAACAUUACCCUAAACCUAAAGUUAACAUAACACCCUAUGGCAACCCUAACCCUAUAUCUUAGACGAAAUAAAGCCCAGAGCAAUUGUCGCAGGAGCAAAUGUUGUGUCACCUUUCGAAGAGUGCAGUGAUACUGUGAUUUACAUACAUGCCUGAGUACAUAACAUAUUUAUUUGUAUUGGUUAUGUGACUCCAUUUUUUACUCAUUUUUAUUCACUUCCUUGCACAUGGGUCUGGUAAAACAAAGCUUAGCAAUGACCGUAGAUCAUUCUUCUACGAUUGAAUCCCGUUGACCACAAUGUACAUUCAAUCAUGAAAAUCGAGCGUACGAUUAAUCGCUAACCUCUGUGUUCUGGGAGUGAUGUGGUAAUAUUCGAUGUAUUCAAAUGACUUGUAUUCAUUUACUUUUCUGUAUUCGUGUACUUUUCUGUAUUCACUUGAGGCUUGUUGUUGUUGUUUUCCAACUGUUCAGGCUGAACUAACCCACGAUGUUUUAAUGUGAUUGUAAGUAGUUUAUGACAUAAAUGUGCUUUUAUUGAACAACAUCA